AUGGCUUCGACACGUUCUGUUCUGGCGGCGGCUCUGCUGUCUGUCGGGCAGCUGGUUUCGGCUCAGACUAUCAAAGUCGACGGCCAAGAGAUUGCUGCCAACGCCUCCACCGUGGCUCCGGCCGCUGAGGCCGCUGAUGCCUCCGUCGCCAGCACCUCCGCGGGUCUGAAUGACCAGGAGAAGGCACAGCUGACCGAUGCUGUACUUGCCAACCUAACGGCUCUCGAGUUGUCCAACGUCUCUUUGUUCGGCUUCGAAGACGCCUCUUCAGUCGAGAAGAGAUCUCUCUUCGGCCGAUGCAAGACAUACCCAGGAGACCUCCUGUAUCCCAACAGCAUUAUCUGGGGCAUCUUUGACCUUCUCCUUGGUGGUGCUCUCACCAAGACCAUCCCCGAAGCCUCAGUGUGCUAUGAUGACUUUGGCAACUAUGACAAGGCCAAGUGCGACUUCUUGACCACCAACUGGGUUAAUGGCUCGUACUAUCACACCGAAGACCCAACUGCCAUCAACGCUGUUCUCUUCGAGGGCCUGAACUGCAUGCCCCCGACUAUCAACGUUGGCGAGACGAAUUGCUCGGUCGGUGGUCUGCCAUCAUACGUCGUCGAGGCCACCACUGUCGCCCACGUUCAGUUGGCCGUCAACUUCGCCCGCAAUCUGAACCUCCGCCUCGUCGUCAAGAACACUGGCCAUGACUUUGGAGCCAAGUCCACUGGUGCUGGUUCCCUGUCCAUCUGGACGCAUAACUUCAACGAGAUCACUUUCCUCGAGAGCUACAAGCAAGACUCGUACAGUGGCUCUGCCUUCAAGCUCGGUGCGGGUGUCAGGGCUUUCGAGGUCUACGAGGCCGCGAACAAGUAUGGCGUGACCGCUGUCGGUGGUGAAGGCCAGACCGUCGGUGUUAUGGGCGGCUAUGUCCAGGGAGGUGGCCACAGCCCGCUUUCAGGAUUGUACGGCAUGGCUGCUGAUAACGUGCUCUCUUUCGAAGUGGUUACUGCCGAUGGUCGUUUCGUGACUGCCAGCGAAUCCGAAAACACCGACCUCUUCUGGGCGAUCCGCGGCGGAGGUGGCUCGACAUACGGCGUCGUCACGUCGGCCGUUGUGAAGGUUCACCCCCAGAUGAAGGUCAGCACCGCCACUUUCGCCUUCUCUACAGGCGAGAAUGUGACUACCGACCAGUUCUGGUCGGCUCUCCGUUUGUACUUUGACGGUUUCGUCGAGUACGCGGUUGAUAACGCCAACUACGGAUACUUCCGCAUCCAAAAUCUCGGUACUUCCUUCGCCUUCGAUAUGGGCCCUUGGUUGGCUCCGAACAUGACUGAGGCAGAGCUUCGCAAUCUGACAGCACCUCUGUUCGCUAAGUGGGCCGAAAUUGGCCUCAACGUCGAGCCCGUCUUCAAGGAGUUCGACAACUUUUAUGAUGCCUGGUCGGUCUCUUUCCCUCUGGAACCUUGGGGAUCCAACGCCAUCCGCCAGGCUAGUCGUCUUUUCCCCAAGGCCAACUGGGAAGACGAGACCAAGCUCAACGCCACCUUCGACGCCAUCAAGUCCGUCGUAGAAGACGGCGGCUACAUCGUUGCCUUCAACAUGGCCGCCGCGCCCGAGGGUUACCCUGACAACGCCGUCAACUCUGCGUGGCGCGAGACUGUGAUGCACUGCAUCACCGCCGCUCUAUGGGACCCCACCGCCGAGGAGUCCGUCAUCAAGAACGCCAGCGACACGCUCACAUUCGACUGGAUGCAGCGCUGGCGCGAUGUCUCCCCCGAUGCCGGUGCGUACAUGUCCGAGUCGGACUACAUCGAACCCAACUUCACCCAGGCUUUCUGGGGUACCAAGUACGAGAAGGCUCUCGAGCUUAAGAAGAGAUUCGACCCCCACGAUGUCUUUUAUGCCCAGAACGGUGUUGGAUCCGAGAACUGGGAGAUGUCGGAGAUGAUUCUGGGCAACUUGCCUUCGCAGAACAGCAAGUUGUGCCGCAAGCAGUAG